AUGGCUAAGGUUUACCACCAAGCGAUAGCUAUAAGAACUGGAUUGAUACUCACCUCAAGGAAGCCGUACGAAUACGUGCCAAAAGCGGUCAUGGAAAAUGAGAAUUACAGGCUCUACUGGGACACCCUGAUGGAGACGGAUAGGCCGGUUGCACACAACAGACCGGAUAUUGUUAUCUUCGACAAAGUUAAAAAGGAGACAAAUAUUAUCGACGUCACUGUGCCUGCAGAUGAUAACAUUUCUAGAGCAUACACCGAAAAAAUUAUAAAAUACGAAGAUCUCGCUUUCGAGCUGAAAGAGAUUUAUAAUCUCAGAAAGGUGUAUAUUAUCCCGCUCAUAAUCACGACGAACGGCCUGGUGGAGACACAUCUAGGAGAGAACACAGCUCUAUUGGAAUUGGAUCAGGACAUCAUAAGCACGGCGCAGAAGGAGGUAGUCCUGUGGACGACAAGAAUAGUCCGAAAAUUUCUUGUCAAUGGCUGA